AUGAGGUCCCUGAACGCCACAGUCUUGGGCAGUCUGCUUGCCGUUACCCAAUUGGUAGGGACCAGCGCGGCAGCUCGCAUGCCCAAUAUCGUAUUUAUUUUCACUGACGAUCAAGACUAUCACCACAACUCAUUGGAUUAUAUGCCAUCGUUGCAGGAACAUCUGGUAAAGAAAGGCACUUUGUUCACCCAACAUUACGCUACCAUCGCUGUCUGCUGUCCCAGCCGUGUAUCCUUGAUGCGUGGUCAGGCGGCUCAUAACACCAACAACACGCAAAUUGCUGCACCUGCGGGGGGCUACCCGAAAUUUGUUGCGUCUGGCGAAGAUGACGAUUAUCUUCCGCAUUGGCUUGUUCAGGCCGGCUACCAAGCAGAAUAUAUUGGAAAACUUUACAAUGGUAACUCGCUUUUGAACUAUUCGCCGGCCCCCAAGGGAUGGAACCAUAUUGACAUUCUGGCAAGUCGUCAUCUUGAUCCCUACAUCAAUGUACACAAUAGCAUUGUCAUGUCUCAAAAUGGUGCCAAGCCCUUGUACUAUGAGGGUUGGCAACAGCUAGACGUACUUCGCAUAAAAUCGCUCGCAAGACUGCAGCACCUGAUGUCGGAGAAGGAUCAUGAUCCAUUCUUCCUGAUGAUUGCCCCAUCGGCACCGCAUGUUGAGAACGCGACGGACCCCCCAACACCUCCAUCCCGGUAUUCAGGCAAAUUUGCCAACCUGUCGUUACCGUAUCGACCCAACUUCAACCCACCCGACGAGCAGCACCAAGACAGGCCUAGUUGGUGGUCUGCACUGCCCCGUCUUAAUUCCAAACAGAUUGAGGAGGUUGAAUUACUUUACCAGCGACGCGCUGAAACUAUGCUCGGCGUUGACGAUAUAAUUAGCGACGUCGUUGCCACACUGGAAAAACAUGGCGAGCUAGACAACACCUAUAUUAUCUUUUCCACUGAUCAGGGCUAUCAUUUGGGAACCCACCGAGAUGUCGGCAAAUGCUCGCCAUAUAUUGAGGACGCAAACAUCCCGCUGGUGGUUCGUGGUCCUGGCGUCAAGCAGGGGGCUGUUUCGCACCUCCCUAGCACCGUGACCGACUUUGCCCCGACAUUCCUUGAUAUCGCCGGGUUGGCCAACGAGAAGCGCCCCGUAUUCCUUGACGGUACUAGUAUGCUUCAGGCCUGGCAGAAUCCGCAUGACAGUGCGAUCGGUAAGUCCAAGGAGGCCAUUAAUGUCGAGUUCUGGGGGCGAGCUUUCAGCGAGCUUCCCACGUGGACUGGUGGCGGAGAUGGCGCACCCGGGUUAUACAGGAAUAACACGUACAAGACCAUGCGCAUUGUGAGCGAGCACUACGGGUGGGUCUACUCACGUUGGUGCACGGGAGAUACGGAGCUGUACGACUCCAAGAAUGACCCCUACGAGCUCACCAAUCUUGCAAACUCGACCGACCCAGCCAUACAGCGCGUCAAGUCGCGUCUCAAUGCCCUUUUGAUGGUCAUGAAAUCCUGCGAGACCGAAACUUGCCGCAACCCCUGGAACGUGAUCCAGCCGCCGAAGCCGAAUACGGCCCGGAGCUGCCACGCAGUGUCCAGUCUGGGAGAUGCACUGGACCCAGCAUACGACGAUUUCUUCGCUACCAUCCCUGAAGUCAAUAUUGCCGAGUGUGUUCAAUACCAAUACGCGCCAAACGAAACUCCUUUCUAUCCGCCAGAGGCACAGUACGGCCUGGGUCUAGCUCACCGCAACGCCCCCACGCCAUUUGAGUAUCCGGAUGUGAAGCCAGUGAAGGCAGUUCCCUACAUACCUGGCGGCGGCUGGGAACAGCGAACCGCCACGCUCGACACGCUCAUGGCUGCAGCAAGAGAGUUGACUGCCGAUGAGCUUCAGCAGGCGUGGAAUUCAACUACCUUGGCUGCUGACCUUGCCGCUAAGAUUAGCGCUGACGUCUGGCCUCAAAAACCUCGCCGUGGUAGCCUAGACAACUUGGUGAUCAACGCCCAUUUCAACAUGACUGCAAGCUCUGUCGCCAAUGUCAAAGUUCUUGGAAAUCGCGAAAUUUCAUCCCCACUCGUCAUAUGUUUCCAUGGAUCUGGCGAUUCUUGCGCCGCUUGGGAGCCGUUGGCAGAAAGCUUGAGUAGUUCAUUCCGCGUUCUCCUCUUUGAUCGGAGUGUAGCGAACGCGAAAGUCCAGGAUGUUCUAAACGAGCUGCACGCAUACCUUAGGGAAGCCAAGUUGCCCCCGCCGUACAUUCUGGUUGCGCAUUCUUAUGGAGGGACAUUUGCACGAAAUUUCUUGCAUCUAUGGCCGGCCGAUGUGGCAGGCAUGGUGCUCGUUGAGACGGGGCAAGAGACGCCGUUGGAUCCUGUGAUUGAGAGGCGCCAAUACGAGAAGCAGGUUCUGGGAACCAAGCCGGUCAGCGUCAUUCGUGCCAACACACUCAUAGGGAAAUGGGUCCAAUUCGAAAGGGCGGUGGCAACAGCGAGAGACGAGGCAGACAAGUCAAGGCUGGCGAUCCAGCGGCAGCUGCUCGACGCGACAGACAAGGAAGACGAGCGGCUCAAGAAGGAUCAGUUGCGGCUGUCACGGGUUCACCAUUACCUCCACAUCCCCGACUGUGGGCAUCAUGUCAUACGGGACAGGCCUGAUGCUGUAGUUGAGGGGGUCCACUGGGUCAUGAAUAAUUUGGCGAGUAAGAAUGGAUCUCCUGGUGUUCAAAGAUUUUCCGGGCUAUUAGAGAGGGUGAAGGCGAGCAUGCGCCAGGGGUUCUGA